ACUUAUAACAUAACAUACUUUGCCACGUAUUAAAUAUGGACGAGUCCAAAGAGCACACGGAGAAGAUGGAAUCCACGUUUGUGAUAGUAGGCGGUGGUAUCGCUGGGGUAUCCUGCGCCGAGGCGCUGAGCUCUUUCGCCCCAGAGGAGAGCGUGAUUUUGAUCAGCGCCAGUUCCCUGGUGAAAGCCGUGAAGAACGUGACUCUACUGGGUACAAACAUGAUGCAUUUCGACGUGAAGGAGGAAAACGCGGUGACUUUAGAAGAGAAGCACAAGACGCUGCGCGUCAUCCACGAUACCGUAGUCAAGAUCGACACGGCUAACAAGCUGGUGGAGAUCGGCAACGGCAAGGUCAUAGGUUUCAAGGUACUGUGCGUCUGUACCGGCGCGAAACCCAAGCUGAUUGAGGAGAACAACGCUUUCGUUGUCGGCAUCCGCGACACGGAGUCCGUGAUACAAUUCUCGAGCAGACUCAAGAAUGCCAGGAGAAUCGUGAUCGUCGGCAAUGGCGGGAUCGCCACCGAAAUCGUGCACGAGAUCAAGGGCGUCGAGACGAUCUGGGUGAUCAAGGACAAACACAUCUCCGCGACCUUCGUCGAUCCUGGAGCCGCUGAAUUCUUUGUAAGCACGUUAUCGUCCAAGUCGAACGAGACCAAGUCGGAAAGUGACAAAGACGUGCCAAUUAAGAGGAUGAGAUACGUAGUGUCAGACUCCGCAUCAAGUAAAAACGGAGCAGCUCUUGGUCCAGACUGGCGCAACAGUCUAGACCUAAGCGGCACGUCUUUUGCGUCUACGAACGUGAGCAUCGAGUACGAGUGCGAGGUAUCGAAGCUGCUCUCCGCCGACGAACGAAAACGGUUCGAUCCUACGGAGCAGUGGCCGGUUUACGUGCAGCUGACGAGCGGCAAGAUCGUCGGAUGCGAUCUGAUCGUCUCGGCAACAGGCGUUACCCCGAACUCCCACAUUUGCGGACUGGAGGAGCUGCGCCGGGGGGAAGACGCUGGACUGCUGGUGGAUUGGAAACUGGAGACCUCGGAGAGGGAUAUUUACGCCGCUGGAGACGUGUGCACCGCGGACUGGCCGAAGGCGCAGCACUGGUUCCAGAUGAGACUUUGGACGCAAGCUUACCAGAUGGGUUGUUACGCCGCGAAGUCGAUGGCCUCGGGUCUGUGGGGCGUGGAAUUUUUCCAGGACGCUUGUUUCCAGCUCUUCACCCACGUGACGAAGUUCUUCAACUACAAGGUCGUCCUGCUCGGUUUGUACAACGGGCAGACUCUGGGAAAUGAUUACGAGAUACUCUUGCGGACUAGCAAGGAUCAGGAGUACGUCAAGGUUAUUCUACAGAACGGCAGGAUGCAAGGCGCGGUGCUCGUCGGGGAGACCGACUUGGAGGAGAUGUGCGAAAAUUUGAUACUUGAUCAGUUGGACUUGAGUAGGUACGGGGAGGAUUUGUUGAACCCCGAUAUCGAUAUCGAGGAUUAUUUUGACUGAUGUAUCAUGUCUCGUUUGCCAAUAAACGUAUCUGUUUGUUCGUU